GUCUACACCUUCAUCUUACCUCUAUCUGACACCUACCUCCACCUUCAUCUCACUUUUUUUUUUUAAUAUUUUACUCCCAUUUAUUCAGAUUUUUUGGAUUGUUUUUCAUUACAGAAAAUAGAUAAAGUUGUCACAAAAUGAAGUAAUUUAAACACCCAAAACUCACCUAUACAUCAACAGACACCUGUCCAUUAGUGAUGCCAAAGCAUUUCUAUAAUAUUGGUAACAUAACCCAUUCUCAUCCUUUUCUCUUUCUCUUUCUCUUUCAAGCAUCAUAUGAACAGUGCCAAAUCUCUCAAAUUCUUUUUUUCUUUUCCUCAGUUACUGCCGCCGUUAGGUUUUUCCCUCUCAUCUUGCUCUGCAUCACACCAUAGCCCCAGGGCUGCAUAAUUAAGAGAUGAACUGCUGAAAAACCAUUCCCAUGACUCCCUUGGUAAGACCUAUGCUUCACUCUCAUCAACAUCAACCCUUUUUUUCUUCCAAUACAUGUUUCACUCUUUUACAUUAAUCCAUUCCCAAAUAUCCCUCCGCAAGCAAAAAAAAAAAAUCACACACUCUGUCACUGCUAACCUUAGCAUCCCCGACCUUACCUUUUGUUUUAAGGAAGUGAAGAGCAAACCCUACCCUUAAAUUCUCCCAGGUGGCGAAGAUGAGUUUGGGCACCGCCGAGGACGAUUCGGGUUCUGAAAUCCACAUCCCCGCGGAGAUUGACUGGCACAUGUUGGAUAAGUCCAAGUUUUUCUUCCUGGGUGCCGCCUUAUUCUCCGGUGUUUCCUUCACGCUCUACCCCAUGGUCGUGUUGAAGACGCGCCAGCAGGUUUCCUCCUCACGCUUCUCCUGCCUCAACAUGUCCUGCGCCAUUAUGCGCUUCGAGGGUCUCAGAGGUUUUUACAAAGGCUUCGGCACUUCCCUCAUGGGAACCAUCCCCGCGCGUGCGCUCUACAUGGGGUCGCUUGAAGUCACUAAAAGUAACGUCGGGACAGCUUUUCUCGAAUUGGGGUUCUCUGAGACGACGGCUGUGGCGGUGGCUAAUGCCACGGCGGGUGUUACUUCCGCCAUGGCGGCGCAGCUGGUGUGGACCCCGGUUGAUGUCGUGAGUCAACGGCUCAUGGUUCAGGGGAGUGGAGGGAGUAAAACCAUUCUGGCCAAUCUUAAUUCCGAGAGUUACAGGAACGGGUUUGACGCGUUCAGGAAGAUUCUGUGUGCUGAUGGAGCAAGAGGGUUCUACAGAGGGUUUGGGAUUUCGAUAUUGACUUAUGCUCCUUCCAAUGCGUUUUGGUGGACUUCUUAUUCCAUGGUUCAUAGACUCAUCUGGAGUGCUUUUGGUUCUUACUUGAGUAAGGGUAAAAGUGAAAGCAACGAUAAUUUGAGUGGUGUUAGGCCUAAUUCUAAGACAAUGGUGGCGGUUCAAGGGCUGAGUGCGGUUAUGGCCAGUGGGGUCUCUGCAAUUGUGACAAUGCCUCUGGAUACCAUCAAGACAAGGUUGCAGGUGUUGGAUAACGAAGAGCAUGGGAGAAGGAGACCAUUAACUUUUGUUCAGACGGUGAGGAAUUUGGUAAAGGAAGGUGGAUUGCCCGCUUGUUACAGAGGAUUGGGACCAAGAUGGGCUUCCAUGUCAUUGUCUGCUACAACUAUGAUUACUACCUACGAGUUUUUGAAAAGAAUGUCUACCAAGAGUCAAUAGGAUUUUGACUGCAUGAUAGACCACCCAAGUAAAAGAUUGUUUGUUAGGAAUUAAGAAUUAGGAUCACUUGUUCUUUGCUUGGAAAUUUCUUUCUAGUUUGUAUUAGUCGACCUUAUCUGUAUAUAAAGCUUUUUUCUUUUUAAAUUUCUUUGGAUCUUUUACCAAAUACAAUACCUAUGAUUUUGGAUUUUACAAUGGCCUUUGAGGAUUGCAGAGGACGUGGUAGAGACUAGAGGCAUGAAUGCAGGGUCGUGUUCAAACUCAGUCCCAAAACUGAAAUUGACCUUCUGAGUUAUAUAUUUUAGUGGCUGCUUUACUUUAUAAUUA